GCACUUUAUACUCAAUUGCAGGUUUUACGAAAGAAAAAGUAUCCAAUGCGCCGUGUUGCCGCCUCUUCUCUGAACGCCCAGUGCGUCCGCACGAUUUGCGGAGCAGCGCCCAUGAUGUAUUUCCCGCCUUCUGCCUCCGCUGCCAUCCCCAAGGAGGAGCAGGUGAAGCGGAACACGAAGAUUGCGAUUGAGAUGGUGAAGCGCUACAAGGGCGAGGUGCCGACGCCGUACGCGCGCAAGCACACUGCUACCGUAGAACAGCUCGAGAAGGAGAUUGAAGCUCUUCUCGGUGGUGCGGCGAAGAUGCGCAAGGCGAUAACGGAUGACCAGCCGAUGGAUAAGCUCGUUCUUAUGGAGCGGUGUCUGCGCCACGCUCUCUGGUCCUACUACAAAGAUGAGGGCAAGUGUGACUUCAACGAGAUCGCCAAAUGGGUCGUGUACACCCCGGAGGACGAGAUAAAGCUUGCGCAGAUGAGGCGUGAGACGGAGGCCAAGACGAAACUGGCCGCUUUCCGCGCCAAACGCGCCGAGCAAGGACUUCCUGACGCUCCAAUGCCGCAGAUCAACUGGAGCGAGGAAUAUAAGAACGUGAUCGACCGCGAGCUGGUGAAUGAGAAGCGCACCCGUUACGACACCAUUGCUGCCAAUACCAUGGACCGCGAUGAGGCGCAGAUUGACGCCGUCCUCCAACAGUACCGCAAGCCCGUUCAGGACAAGCGCCUAGACGACCUUGUCGAGCUCCUUGAGCGCUUCAAGCCGGUGCUCGCUCGCGAGGCUAUCAUGCAGCGUCUCACCAUCAAGCACCUGGAGGGUCAGCUUGGCGUGUGGCGUUACAUGGACUGGUGCCCGGAAGUCCGCGACCGUGCGGAGUUGGAGGUGGACGUGUCCGGCUUCCAGUGGUGGUCUCCUCUGGAGGAGCGCCGCCUGCUCCCGGUGCGCCUGCGUUCGAUGAACGAGGUGCGCGAGAUCAUGGCGCAGACUCAGUCCUCGAAGGCUGUCGAGGCAUCGGAACACAACCCGCAGGCCUCCCAGUCUGGCGACGAUGGUGACCGCGAGCGGCUGCUGAAGGAAGUGCUGGCUUUGCAGGCUCGCAUCCACCAGCGCGACGACGCCCCCGUGGAGGAGAAGAAGGCCGGCCACUAA